CACACCUGAAGAGCCAAUGAGGAACCAGGCACCGCAGCCCCAAAUGCCAGGCGGCGCUUCCUGCCCCAGUGACACCGGGGCGCGUUGGGGACGGUGCUGCGCUGCGGACUCGGGCGGGGAGUUCUGGUGCACACUCCGUCUGCGUUGUCAGCACUCUGCCGGCUGACCGGCAGCGCCGUUAAGUUUCCUGGCUCGACCCCCAUGCACUAGAAGAAGCUGUUGACUCUCUGGUUAAUAGACACCACUGUUCAGGAGUUGAAGGGAUCUGGAGAAGAAAUGACAUCUGCAUACACCACUGUUCCUUUCCUUUAUUGGAGAGCCUGACAAGAACGCUGCCAAAAGUAACUAACUGUUUUUGGCUUUGUGUAAAAUCAGCCGUCUUGUUGUUGUUUAGGAGUGAGUGCUUCAGAAACAAUAGCAUCAUGUACACAUUCCUGCCUGAAAGCUUCAACCCGGUGAAGCCGAAGCCGUCCAAGGAGCUGAAGCCAAUGAUUGGUGCAGUACUUGUCGGGCUCAUCUUGUUCAUUUCAGCUGUGGUGGCUUGGUGCUACUACAUGGCGUCUCUCAGGAAGGCAGAGCGGCUAAAGACGGAAUUAAUGGACCUGAGGAAGGAUGGGUUCAUCAUCAAAAACCACAACGGGGAGGUGGUUUUCAGACUGGCCUUCCAGUCGGGCACCCUCGACCUGGAGUCCUGCUCGAAAGAAGGGGAAAUUUUAACCUGCACCAGGUCGGACAGAGGGAAGCUGAAUUUCUUCAUUCAGACGGUCAAGCCCAAGGACACGGUGAUGUGCUACCGCGUCCGCUGGGAGGAGUUUGUGGUGGACACGGUGGUCGAGCACACCAUGUUUUGGGAAGACGCUCACUGGUACGGGGGCUGUGAAAUGAGCGUCCAGCACUGGCCAAUCAGACUCCCAGGGUACCAGGAGCCCAUGCCCUUUGUGACGAGCGACGUGUAUUCCUUCAGGGGCAGCUUUGGAGGCAUCUUGGAAAGGUACUGGCUGUCCUCGAAAGCGGCGGCUAUAAAGAUCAACGACUCGGUGCCCUUCCACCUGGGGUUUAACGCCAAUGAACGGUCGCUCUUCUUUCAAGCCAGAUAUAAGGAUUCUCCCUACAAACCUCCCCUUGGGCAGCAGCCUUUCCCAGAGCUGAGCUACCGUGUCUGCGUUGGCUCGGAUGUGACCUCCAUUCACAAAUACAUGGUGCGCAGGUACUUUAACAAGCCUUCUAAGAUCCCAUCAGAAAACGCCUUCCGGUACCCCAUCUGGUCUACAUGGGCUCUGUACAAAAAUGAUAUUGACCAGGAUAAGCUGUUGCGUUUUGCAGAAAAGAUUAAAAAGUACCGGUUUAAUUGCAGCCAUAUUGAAAUCGACGACACCUACACACAGACUUAUGGCGACUUUGACUUUGAUCCGGUAAAGUUCCCUAAUGUGACAGAAAUGUUCAAAACACUGAAAAAAGAAGGAUUUAAAGUUAACCUGUGGACACAUACCUUUAUAAACUACGAUUCCGGCAGUGUUGGAGUGGGGAUAGAGCGGCAGCUCUUUAUCAAGGAGCCGACGGGGAAACUGCCCGCGAUGGUGAAGUGGUGGAACGGCAUUGGCGCCAUAUUGGAUUUUACCAAUCCCACAGCCAGGGAGUGGUUUCAGAGCCACCUGAAACAACUGCGGUCGAAGUACGGCAUAGCGUCCUUUAAAUUUGACGCUGGUGAGGUAAGCUACCUUCCAAAGCAGUUCAGCACCUUCAGGCCCUUGUCGGAUCCCAGCAUCUGGUCCAGACGGUACACGGAAAUGGCCAUUCCGUUCUACGAGCUCGCCGAAGUCAGGGUCGGCUACCAGUCCCAAAACAUCUCCUGCUUCUUCCGCAUCAUCGACCGCGACUCAGUUUGGGGAUAUGAGCUUGGCCUCAAGUCCCUGAUCCCUACCGUGCUCACCAUUAGCAUGCUGGGAUACCCUUUCAUUUCAGCUGACAUGAUUGGUGGGAAUAUUUUCCCCAACAAGACAGAAGGUGCUGUUGAAAUCCCAGACCAGGAGCUGUACAUCCGCUGGCUGGAGCUGUCAGCCUUCAUGCCCUCCAUGCAGUUCUCCAUACCCCCCUGGCUCUAUGACAAGGAAGUGAUUGAGAUUGCACAGAAGUUCACAGAGCUGCAUGAGUCCCUGGUUGCCCCUCUCCUGUUGGAGUUGGCUGGAGAGGUCACCAAUACGGGAGACCCCAUCAUACGGCCCAUCUGGUGGAUUUCUCCCAGUGAUGAAUUCGCUCACAAGAUUGACUCCCAGUUCCUCAUUGGGGACACCCUCAUGGUGGCCCCUGUCCUGGAGCUGGGCAAGCAAGAGCGAGAUGUAUAUCUCCCGGCUGGCAAAUGGCGCAGUUACAAAGGGGAGCUGUUUGAGAAGACCCCAGUCCUGUUAACAGACUAUCC